AUGCGACGGAUCAAAUUAUUCUGGCGCUUCGUCGUCGACGCCGAUGCCUUCAUUAAUCUGUUGGACCGCACGGGUGCAGUCGUAUCCGGCUCCUGCGCGCUCACUCUCCUGCAAGCCGAGCGGGAAGCAAUUGUGGGGCGCGACAUGGAUGUCUACACCACUGAGAAGUUCGAAACGGAGGUACUAGAUCACUUCAAAGAGAGGGAAGGAUAUAAGUGCAUGGAAGAGGUGAAGAAAAAGACGGAAUACGACAGCUCUGCAAUCUUGAAGAUGCACAAAUUGCAGAACGAAGAUAUGGAAGUGGACAUCAUCGUCACUGACUGGAAAUGUGCUCUGGCGCCUGUCGUGCAAUUUCACUCCACGGCGGUCAUGAACUAUAUCACAGCGCGCUCAAUUGUGUGCCUGUACCCACGCUGGACGACCGCAAACAAAAGCCUGGUCAACCCUCGAAUGUAUCUGGAGAACCUAACCCACCUGCGUACACUGCACGUACUGAUGAAAUACAGAAGGCGAGGGUUCAGAGUGAGCGCGGAUCCAUUCCAUUUGGGAGAGCAUAUGUGCGAGAGAGAGGAUGGAAGCAGGAGCAAGGGCGGUUAUUGUCCACACGCAAUGCGGAGUACUGUGGACGACGACGUUCUCAGGUGGGACUUCGGUCCAAUGAAAACGCUGGGGGACACAACAAUAACUUGCCAGGAUAUGCCAAUCAUGAUGUGGUGCCUCGGGGGAUACGAAUGUGUCGAAGGUGACAAGGACGUUACAAUUUCUUAUAUGUUGGUAUCAGCAUAAAGGCAAAGAGGUAGGAUUGAUGACGAGAAACUGGCAACAAAUAUGACUAUGAUUUCGGAAGGGCCUGCGAAGAAGAGGGAAUCAAUGAGAACACUAGUUGCAUUGGGAGGUAGCAUAAUUUGAGCACACAAUUGUAUUGCAAAUGCCAGAAAAAGUUGCAAAGCCACAGUUACAGGACACACCGGCCAGGAACAGGCCAUUGGUAGCAUGCCGCGCGGGAACAGCGCGCCUCCAAAAGGCCAGAACGCGCACAACCUGGUUGACAGAAAAAUGGAAAAAAAAAGCGGUUCGAACAGAAGGGAUGAUUAUUCCCGCGCUGACACG